CGCCCGGGCAGCGCCUGCGCAGAAGGACAAGGAAACUGGUUCCCUAGCGGUCCCAGCGCCUGCGCGCUGGGGACUCCGGGCUUCCCGGCCUGAGAGAGAGAAGCAGGGAAGAUGGCGGCUGUGGUGGAAAAUGUUGUGAAGCUCCUCGGGGAGCAGUACUACAAAGAUGCCAUGGAGCAGUGCCAUAAUUACAAUGCCCGCCUCUGUGCUGAGCGCAGUGUACGCCUACCUUUCUUGGACUCGCAGACAGGAGUGGCCCAGAGCAACUGUUACAUCUGGAUGGAAAAGCGACACCGGGGUCCAGGAUUGGCCUCUGGGCAGCUAUACUCCUACCCAGCCCGGCGCUGGCGGAAAAAGCGGCGAGCACACCCUCCUGAGGAUCCAAGGCUUUCUUUCCCGUCUAUUAAACCAGACACAGAGCAGACCCUGAAGAAGGAGGGACUGAUCUCUCAGGACGGCAGUAGUUUAGAGGCUCUAUUGCGCACCGACCCCCUGGAGAAGCGAGGCGCCCCAGAUCCCCGAGUUGAUGAUGACAGCCUGGGCGAGUUUCCUGUGACCAACAGUCGAGCACGGAAGCGGAUCCUAGAACCAGAUGACUUCCUGGAUGACCUUGAUGACGAGGACUAUGAAGAAGAUACUCCCAAGCGUCGGGGCAAGGGGAAAUCCAAGGGUAAAAGUGUGGGCAGUGCCCGUAAGAAGUUGGACGCAUCCGUCCUGGAGGAUCGGGACAAGCCCUAUGCCUGUGACAAUAGUUUCAAACAAAAGCAUACCUCGAAAGCGCCCCAGAGAGUUUGUGGAAAACGUUACAAGAACCGACCAGGCCUCAGUUACCACUAUGCCCACUCCCACUUGGCUGAGGAGGAGGGCGAGGACAAGGAGGACUCGCAGCCCUCCACCCCUGUUUCCCAGAGGUCGGAGGAGCAGAAAUCCAAGAAGGGUCCGGAUGGAUUGGCCUUGCCCAACAACUACUGUGACUUCUGCCUGGGAGACUCAAAGAUCAACAAGAAGACAGGACAGCCUGAGGAGCUGGUGUCCUGUUCAGACUGUGGCCGCUCAGGGCAUCCAUCUUGCCUGCAGUUCACCCCUGUGAUGAUGGCAGCAGUGAAGACCUACCGCUGGCAGUGUAUCGAGUGCAAGUGCUGCAACAUCUGCGGCACCUCAGAGAACGACGACCAGCUGCUCUUUUGUGAUGACUGUGAUCGUGGCUACCAUAUGUACUGUCUCACCCCGUCGAUGUCUGAGCCUCCUGAAGGGAGUUGGAGCUGCCACUUGUGUCUGGACCUGUUGAAGGAGAAAGCUUCCAUCUAUCAGAACCAGAAUUCCUCUUGAUGUGGCCACCCCACCACCACCCCACUCCCCCGAUACAUCUAGGGCUGUUUAUCUCCUUUCUUGUUUUUCAUACCCACCUUUUCCUUCCUCCUCUUUUACAAGUCCAGAGAAACUUGGGGUGGUUGCGCCAACCUGCCUUUGGCAGCAGCAAGCUGAGGUGGCAGCUCUGACUGCCUCUGGCCCCAGGCCCUCAGGGAGAACCGAGCAGCACACUCCCCCAAGGUGCCCCUGUGGGCCAGCUUCUCACUGCUCUCCGUGAAGUGCAUUUACUCCGCUCGCCUUGGGCCCCGGCCCUGGGAUCACAGGGUUCAUACAGUCCGCUCUGAGAAAGAGUGGGGAGCAGCUCCUCCUCUCGGCUGCCUCCACUCUGGUUCCCAGGGUUUCCCCUUCCCCCAGAGAUGAGCCAGGCUGGGGAGUGGCUGGGAGUGAGCAACUCAGCAGGCUGAGGCCGGGCUUGUGGGGAACUUUCCAUGCCCUUCGUGCUGCUUAGCCUAGCCACCACCUUCCCCCAGAGUGGCUUCUGCAGUCCUCUGUUGCUGCUAUCUGGGAUCCUUUGCUGGAGCCAGGACGCUCUUGGUCACCCGCCUGGCCCCGUCCUGCCCCACUCUACCCCACUUCAGGGGGUGUAGCCGCUUUACCCUGAUUCUUGUGCUUAACUAGCACAUGCUUACAGGCGGUCUCUAGUGACUGAAGCAUUCCCCACCCUUGGAAUUUCCUAUUUUCUGCCUCCCUCAUUCCCUUUAGUUUUGUGGGGAGAGGGGAAGUAUCAAGGGGCCAGGCCAGAAGCUUGGGGGCCACAGGGAGAUGUUGGAUAAUGUGCCUGUUUUUUAACUCGAUGAAAAAGCCUACCUCCGAAAUCCCCUUCUCUUCCUAGACCUGGGCAUUCAGCUCCUGCCCUUAACCGAAUUGGGAGCCUCUGCCUCCUGCUGUUUAUCCUGGCUCCUGAGUCACAGGGAAGCCACAUAGACAUCCCUUUCUUCCCUUGCACGCUCAGCUAGCAGCUGGUAAGGUCUUCAACCCUGAUUCCUCAGUUUUUCUGCCUGGUGACACUGAACAUUAAGUAGUGGGGGGAUAGUCCAUACCAGGACACCCUGAAGUGGCCUUUCCCUUGGCCAUGGGCAGGCCCUAUGAUUUGGAGUUGAGGUGUCAUUUUUCUUUCUUUGCUUUCUUAGUUCCUGUAUUCUAAAACAUUAGUACAAAUAAACAUUUUUACACAGAG